AUGAGCCACGCAGAUCUUACAAAACCACCACUGGCCCCAAAACCAAAGAUCUUCAGUCAUCUGGCUUCCAUAGCUGCUUCCAAAUUUCCUCCAUCACUAUCAAGGGCUGGCACACUUCAUAAUUUAAACUCUAUGUCUAGGGGUCCAAAACCACCCAUUGCUCCCAAGCCAAAAAUCUCCGCUGACAGCGAUCCAACAAUUUUACAGAGAUCCAGUGUUUAUGCUAAUAAUACCUUUAACAAAUAUCCCAAUGGAAAACUGGAAGCAGAACUUUAUGAGGAAAAUCAGUGCAACAACACAGAGUGUCCAGAAUCAGAAGGUGGCAAUGAAUACAUUGUGAUUCCUGAUCUUGAACCGACUGAUAAAAUAUAUAGUGACUGCGAGCAGGAGCCAGCCGAGAAUGAGAUUCUGCACACUCUUGAACCAAUAGGUGAGGAAGAUGGUAAUUGUAUGGACAGCAAUGAGGUAUGUGGUUGCCCAAUAAAUGUAAUGAAGAACAAGGAUACUGAAUCAGUGGGAGACAACUCUGUGGGAUCGACUCAAAUACCAGCACAUGACUGCCCCGAAACAUUUGAAAGGGAAAAAGAAGAUGCUGGAAGAGAUGAAUAUGAAAAAUUUGGCAAUGAAGAUCAUCCCAGUGAGACCAAAAUGAACUGUGCAGAUGAAGCUCUAAGCAAACUGGAUUUGGUAAAUGAUAACAAUGAGUAUAAUAUGGAUGGCAAAAUAUUGAAUGGAGAAUCUUUGAAAGAAACUAUAUACGAUGAUAUCCUUUUCAAGCAUUUAGAGGAGCCAAUAUCAGCAGAAGAAGAUCUGCCUCUAAUUUGCAAAGAGGCAGUUCAGUUUUUGGAAGAGGAACAAUUAAAUACUGAUCUAGAAUCGGGCCCAGCAAAUCACAGUGAUAAUGAUUCAGCCUGGACUAGAGAAAGAAAGUUUAUGGAAGAUGCUGAUGCUCACGUUGCUAAUGAUGUUGACGUGGACACUGGAUUAGAACCAAGUGGGUCCGAGCUUGGUAUUGAAGAGAAUUUUAGAGAGACCACAAAUGAAAUGGAUGAAAAGGAAGAUGAAACAGACCUAAAUGCUGGGGGAGAAGUUCUCGGCAAUGGUUGCCAAACUACUGAAAUGAAGAAUGUGGUAGAAAUAUCAGAGACUGAAUGUGAAUCAGGGGAAGAUUCUGGAGAACAAAAUGAAAUGAUAGACACAGAGACGAUGGAUGAUAGCUGCCAGAUCAUCCCCUUUGGAAAUGAGGGCAGUGAGGAUGCUCAGGAUUCCCCAGAUGAAGAUUUAGAUGAAGAUUUGUCAGGAAAAGAGACUGAAAUGCCUGAUAAUAACCCACCCCUCAGUUCUGAAGAUACUAAUGGGCACAAAUCUGAUUUGCAGCUUAGAAAAGAAUCUACGUCAGAUGUUUUACUUGGAGAUCACAGUGCAAGUGAAUGUACUUUAGAAGAUACACAUUUGGAUAAUCCAAUAUUCGAGGUGGAUCACAAUGAUAAAGAGGAAACUGUCCCAAAUCUAACCAGAGAAACAUCAACUGAAGAUACUGAGCUUGGAGAAUUAGCUAAAUUGGAAACAAACUCAGCCAAUGAAUGUGCAAUUGAGGAAGCUACAGUGGUCCCCGAAGCGUCGGUUGUGCCUGAUAACAAUGGAGAAGUAGCCAGUGAUUCCCUAGAUGACCCAUAUGUCCUUGGAGACAGUUUGCCUACAGCAAAUGAAAUUCUUUAUGCUGGAAGAGAAAUGCAGGAGGCUGAUAUCCAAAACAGCUCAAAUGAUUUCAGGGAGGGAGAGAACAUAGAAAAUGAAAACCACUUGCUUUCCAUAGAUCGGAAAAACAUUGUUACUCGAACAAGGUCCCACUCUGGGAAAGUACCUGGUUAUGUGCCAGAAACAGUUCCAGAAGAAACAGGGACAGAUACUGAAUCACAGACCUUGAGCACAAACACCAUUCUUACUGAAAAUUUAAGACACAGUUGCUGUUGGUCAGAAGGAAAACCUAUAGAACUGGCUAGAACACUACCUGCAAAGCCAAGACGCUUCAUUUUGUACCCUCGAUCUUAUUCAGUAGAAGGCAGAGACAUCCCUGUCUCUCUGUAUCGAGAAUCUGAUAACUCUAUAUUAGAUUAUAACAGAUUAAACAGGAUGGAUGAGCUGUCUUUACCAUAUGUCAUUGGUUCUUCAGGUAGCUUUUCCCAGAGGAAUCACCUUACAUCCAGUGGGGUUUCCACUCCUUCCUCUGUGGUUGAUAUUCCACCUCCCUUUGAACUAGCCUGUAUCACCAAGAAGCCCAUCACAAAGAGCUCCCCCUCCCUUUUAAUAGACAGCGAAUCUCCUGAUAAGUAUUGCAAGAAAAAGAAGUCCUCCUUUAAAAAAUUCCUCACUUUGAAAUUCAAGAAGAAGGCAGAAAACAAGGUCCACGUAGAUGUUCAUGUUUCUUCUUCAAGAUCCUCCUCUGAGUCUAGUUAUCACGGACCUUCCAGGGUGAUGGAACUGGACAGAAGAAGUUUGAGUGGUUCACCUCAGCUGUUAUCACGGACCGCCAAACUGAGGGCCUCUGAAUCUCCGACUGUUCUUUUCUACAAGGAUGGCAAGAGAAAAGGAACCCCCAAAAUGUUUAGCAGAAGUGUGUCAAGGGUAGAGUCUUUUGAGGAUCGUUCAAGACCACCUUUUAUGCCUCUGCCUUUAACGAAGCCCCGGUCUAUUUCAUUUCCCAAUGCUGAUACUUCUGACUAUGAGAAUAUCCCAGCCAUGAAUUCUGAUUAUGAAAAUAUACAAAUACCUCCACGGAGGCCCACUAGGGCAGGAACCUUUACUGAAUUUUUUGAAGAUCCUAGCAGGGCCUUAUCUGCUGCCAAUGAGAAUGAUGGCUAUGUGGAUAUGAGCAGCUUUGCAGCCUUUGAAAACAAUAAACAGCAAACCACCAACCAGGAAACAGAAAGGAAUGCCUGGGGGCCAUCUGCUUUAUCUCAGCGCACUGGGAGGAACCGGAAAAGACUUACCAAUCUCGAGAGAGGCUCCUUAUUGGUUGCUUUUCCACAGCUCGAUGUCACUGUGGAUUGGCCUGUUUGA